GCGAAAUAUUAAUAUCUUUUAUCUUUCUAAUUUGUGCUUGAAAUUCUGGUUCGUCGUUGAUGUCCAAAUUGAUAAAAAUACAAAAUAAUUUAUUAGGUAUUUGAAAACCAUGGCUGAUGCUGCAGCAGCUCGACGUGAAGCCAGGAGACGAAGGAUAUUAGAGAAUUCUCAGAACAGACUUCAAUUUAUAUCGGGGAAAAGCAGCACUGAGUGCGUCAAAGAGGUACCAAGCAAAAGUCCUAUUCCUGAUUUUCCUGAUCUAAGCAUUGAGAGUUCUGGGCCAUCAGAGUGCAGCAGCAGUUUCUUUCCACCAUCUAUUAACAACGGAAUGGUUAUGUCGGAAGCGGAUUCAUCUGAAUUUUCUUUACAAUCCCAGGACUUCGUGGCGGCCGGUGACCGACAGAUAAUGAAUGAUUCGACAGGUUUCAUAUCGCCGCCGCCUGAACUUGAAAAAGUGUCCACAUUUGAAAAGAUCAUUAAGUACAAAUAUGAUAUUGUAAUACUGUCUUUGCUAAUUCAGCUGUUAUACAGUCUGCCUUUAUUUACAUUCAAUGAUGGUUAUUUUUUUCUUCCUCUUAUAAUUUAUGUAGUCACAAAAUUGAUUUGGUUCCCAGUAAAUAACAAAUCGAAUAUAGCAAAUGCGUUGAUGUUACUUAAUGGUAUAUCAGCUCAAAGAGUACAAAAAUUAUUAAGCGUUUCACAAUGGGUAGGUGUGAUAUCACAAGACAUCUGUGUGUAUCUAUUUACUACAAUUUGCAUACAAUCUGCUCUAACUAUGUUGAAAGACACUUGGGGUACAUAGUAGCAGCUUCUUUUCUACCUUUUUUACUUGAAGGCUUUUGACUGACCAGUUUUAAUACUAGCCAGCUAGCAUUACAAGAGUUCCAUAGUUUGAUUGCCUGUGCCUUUUGUAAGUAAGAAUUGUGACAUGUGUGCGUUUUAGCCACAUAAUGCCAUUUUAGUUUUAAAUUGGGGAGUGUGUAAAUAGCAUUGGGAAAAUUUUAAUUUACCUAUAGUCAAAUUAUGUAGCUCAAGAAAGAAAUUAUACAUAGCCUGCAAUUCAAUCUAUUUAAUUAUAUGAAUUAUAGGAGAGACUAAUCUCAUCUUCACCCUAUGCAUUUAAAUGUAUUUAUGAUUUUAGCAAGAUGAACACUUCUAUUACUGUUGAGUGGAUCAAAAGUCACGCCAAAUUAAUAUUUAAUACUUAUAAUAAGCUCAUAAUUUUUACAAUUUCUCAUCAUUGCAUAAUUGGUACCUCCAAGACAAUGGAGUUACAUGUAAUAUAGGGAAUAUGCAAUUUUAAACCGCAAUGUUGGACUUAUAACCAUUGUUGUAAUAUUUAGCCAUUACUUCAUAUAUUUUUCAAUCUUGAAUUUGAAGUGGUUGACCAAUUUGGAAUACAUAUAAAACAAUAACAAAGUCAUUUUGUAUUAUUUUGUAUCUCCAAUAUAAUUAUGCAAAUUGUUAAUACAAAAAGUAAUUUAUAGGUAUUUUCUAAGUCACUUGCAUGUUCCCUAAUUUGCCUACAUUGCAAUCAGUUCUAUAGAAAAAUUGCUUCAUGUUUCAGUUAUGGCAUGUUAUAUUUUUUGAUAAUAAAAAG